AUGUCAUUAACAAAUGAACAAAAAGAGCAGGCCAAUUUCAAAGUUCAAUAUUAUGAAGCAGAUGUAGUUUAUAAUAAUUAUACAGAUACACUGGAUAAGAUUACUAGAAUUACACACUCUUUAUUAACAGGUAAAUUAAUUGAAAACGGACAAUUAAAAGAAGAAGAUCGAUUUAAUGCUGAAAAUUUAGAACGAUUGAAAGAAUCUAUGGAAUUAAGUUAUAUUGAUUUACAGACUUCACUUGAAAAUAGAAAGACUAGAUUGGAGAACUGGGAACAAUCAAAUAAGGAUAAAAUUACGCAAACUACUAGAUUGGUGCAUAGAGCAUUGCCUGAGCUAAGAUCUACUAGAAUGAGAUUACAAAAGAGAAUUACUAAAUUAAGAAACAUGUAUGACUCCGUAAGUACGCUAAAUCAAGAGAUAACAAUGUUAUCUCGAGGUCGUUCAACUUUAAUAGCUACUAGAUCUGAUUGGGAAAAGCAUUUAGGUAAAGAAUUAACUGAAAAGUUAAUUACUGAGAAUUAUUUAGAAUCAUUAAAUAACGAAGUACCAAAUGCCAGUGAAAUCAAAUAUCGCGCUUAUGAUUCCUUUACAAAAGGUUUAAAAGAAUUAAAACAUACAAAUACUACAAUGAAAGAGGAUUUAAAUAGAUUAGAUAAAGAAUUAUCGUCUUAUAAAGAGAAAUGGUUGAAGGAUUCUGAAAUAUUUGCAAAAAUUAAUGAGGUGUUACAAGAUGAAAUAAACAGAAGAAACAUGAAGAAUAAUUUAUAUCUAGAUAGCAAAAGCACAGCUACUACUAAUGGUGUAGACAUUGAAGGUGGGAUUAUGGAAGAAGAUGAUGAGGAGGAAGACUAUGAGGAUGAUGAAGAUGAAGAUGAACAAAAGUAUAACGGUGAAGUUUCUAAUGGAAAUCAAACAGAUAUUACCGGUUCAGAUAGUGAUAUCGUUGAUGAUGAUGACAUCUCUGAAGAGAAUGAUUAUGAGGAUAGUAAUAUACCAAUCAAUGGAAAGACAAAUAUUAAUUCCGAUGAUGACAAUGCAAAUGUACAAAUGGAUGAGGAAACAAAUAUGCAAGUUGAUGGGCAAGAACAAUUGCAAGUUGAUGAGCAAGAACAAAUGCAAGUUGAUGAGCAAGAAGAUGAAAAUAGAUUUAUUAAUGAGACUGAGGAAGCACCCGAAACAUCUGUUGAUAGCCAAAGUCAAAGCAUUCGAGAUGAAAUUAAUGGUGCAUCAUUGCCUGAUGAAUAG